AUGUCAGGACGUGGAAAAACUGCAGGAAGUGGCAAAGCACGCGCCAAAGCUAAAACUCGUUCAUCACGAGCUGGUCUUCAAUUUCCAGUUGGUCGUAUUCAUCGUCUUCUUCGACGUGGUAAUUAUGCCGAACGUGUUGGUGCUGGUGCACCAGUUUACUUAGGUGCUGUACUUGAAUAUUUAUCGGCUGAAAUUCUUGAAUUAGCUGGUAAUGCUGCUCGUGAUAAUAAGAAGACACGUAUUAUACCCCGUCAUCUUCAAUUAGCCAUCCGUAACGAUGAAGAAUUGAACAAAUUAUUAUCAGGUGUUACCAUUGCUCAAGGUGGUGUCUUGCCUAACAUUCAAGCUAUUCUUUUACCAAAGAAGACUGCUGAAGGUGGCGCUGUAUCAACACCACGUGAAACAACAGGUGGUGCUGGUCCAAGCAAAAAGAAACCAGCUGAUAAAGGUGAAAAAUCAACACCAUCAUCAGGAAGCAAAGGUGCUGAUAAAGCUUAA